AUGAAGCAAACCAUGAGAAUAGCUGUUGCCUUUGUUAUCAUUGCUAUAGCAGCCAUCAACAUUAGCUUCUGUAAAGGAAGCUCUUCUGUUGGUUGCCUCCAAAGCGAGAGACUAGCACUUCUAAGGUUCAAGCAAGAUCUCAUUGAUCCUGCCAAUCGGCUUGUCUCUUGGACUUCUGGUGUUGAAGAUUGUUGUACAUGGUCAGGUAUUGUCUGUGACAAUUUGACAGGCCAUGUGCUUGAGCUCAACCUUAGGACUCCCCCAAAGAAAGAGUAUUCAUCUCCAACUGAAGAUGAUGCUCGUGAGAGGUCAAAGUUGAAUGGUAAGGUAAAUCCCUCUUUGCUUGAUUUGAAGCAUUUGCGUUCCUUGGACUUAAGCGAUAAUAAUUUUGGAGCAGAGAUUCCUAGAUUUCUUGGAUCUAUGCAGAAUUUAAGAAACCUCAAUCUCUCUCUAAACUCAUUCCAGGGUAUGAUUCCUCCCCAACUUGGAAACCUCUCUAAUUUACAGUAUCUUGGCCUCGGUGGCAAAUUACGUGAGAUGAGUCCGUGGUGGUUAUCUCCUAUUACUUUGUCCACAUUGGACUGUUUGUGGUGGUCAUCUAGUUUUCCUUUUUUGAAACAUCUUGACUUGGAUGGUGUGGAUCUUAGCAAUUGCUCUGAUUGGUUGCUAGUGAUACACACUCUCCCAUCCUUAGUAGUGCUAAAAUUAUCACACUGUGAGCUUCAUCACUUUCCUCCCCAACCUGUUGCAAAUUUUUCAUCUCUUGCCUACCUUGAUCUAAGUGGAAAUCAUUUUGUAGGUCCAAUCCCUGAUGGACUUCAAAACUUUACUUCCAUUAGACAUCUUGAUUUAUCUGAAAAUCACUUCAAUUCUUCGAUGCCCAGUUGGUUAUACAGACUUAGAAACCUUGAGGAACUUUUCCUCUCGUACAAUAGCUUGCAAGGGUCGAUGGAUGGCCUAGGAAACCUGUCAUCUAUCAAAGUGCUUGAUCUCUCACAAAAUAAUUUUGAAGGAGGAAUGCCAGAAUCAUUUGGAAGACUCUGCAACUUGAGAUCAAUCUCUCUUUCUCAUGUCAUAUUGAAACAGGAAAUAUCUCGAGUGUUGAACAUUUUCUCCGAAUGCGUUGCAGAAGUUGUAGAGUCAUUGGACUUCGGGCUUACUCAUCUUUUUGGUCCAUUGAACAAUCAACUUGGACUGUUUAAAAAAUUAAAAUCUCUUUCUCUAUAUUACAACUCAAUUUCAGGUCCUAUUCCAAGGUCUUUAGGACAACUUUCAUCCUUAGAAAUUCCGCUUCUUGCUAAUGACCAAUUCAACGGAACUCUUUCCGAAAUCCACUUUAACAAUCUCACAAGACUGAAAGUUUUUGGUGCAUCUAGAAAUUCACUAAUGUUGAAAGUUGGUCCUCAGUGGAGACCUCCGUUUAAACUUCUAUACUUAGGAUUAGGUUCUUGUCAUUUAGGGUCUCAUUUUCCAUUUUGGCUUCAUGCACAAAUGAGUUUAGUUUACCUUGAUGCAUCCAACUCAAACAUUUUUGACACUAUUCCACAAUAUUUGUUUAAAUUUCCACUAAAAUUUUUAAAUCUCUCACACAAUAAAAUGUAUGGGGAGAUUCCAAAUUUAAUCAAGCCAACUCAACUUCGUGUACUUGACUUGAAUUCAAACAAUUUAACAGGUCCUUUACCACUCAUACCCUUAAAAAUUCGUGUACUUGAUCUUUCCAACAAUGCUUUGUCAGGAUCAAUUUUUCAUGUUUUUUGUAAUGAGAUGAAUAAGUCCAAAAGUUUGAUACAAAUACUCACCCUUAGUUAUAACUUUUUUUUGGGGGAAUUGCCUGAUUGCUGGAUCAAUUGGCAAAAAUUAGAAGUUCUAAAUUUAGAGAACAACAAAUUUACUGGAACUCUUCCUCCUUCUGUUGGGACUCUAAUUUCCCUUCAAUCAUUAAACCUUCGGAAAAACAACUUUUUUGGGGAAUUGCCUAUGUCACUUCAGAACUGUACAAAGUUAGUUAAACUUGAUCUUGGUGAAAAUGAGUUCGUUGGAAAUGUCCCUGUGUGGAUGGGAGAAAGAUUUUCAAGAAUAAAGAUUCUAAUUCUUCGAUCAAAUAGGUUUCAAGGUCUUUUACCAAGGGAACUUUGCCAUCUCACUUCUCUGCAAAUCUUAGAUUUGGCUUAUAACAAUUUAUUUGGAAACAUACCAAAGUGUAUCGGUAACUUCAGCGCCAUGAUGAGAGAGAGUGAAAUGGAUGAUGAUAUACAGUAUGAGUUUGAUGGAGUUUAUCAGUCAUUUUAUAUGGAGGAUGCAUUACUUGUGAAUAAAGGCAAGAUGGCUGAAUAUGAUACAAUUCUGAAGUUUGUAAGAAUGAUAGAUCUUUCAAAAAAUAACUUAUCUGGAGAGAUUCCUAUAGAAGUGACGGAUCUUUUAGCAUUGCAAUCACUGAAUUUGUCACACAAUUCUUUGAUUGGCAGAAUUCCAGAGAAAAUUGGUGCUAUAAGUUCUCUAGAGUCCACUGAUUUUUCUGGAAAUCAACUUUCUGGUGAAAUCCCACAAAGCAUUUCAAACUGACAUUUUUAAGUGUCUUGAACUUAUCCAACAACAAACUUUCUGGAAGAAUUCCUUCAAGCACUCAACUACAAAGCUUUAGUGCAUCUUCUUUUACUGGCAAUGAACUUUGUGGUCCUCCUCUUUCUAAUAAUUGCACAGUGAGUGUUCCAACAUCCGGCGAUCAGAACAGAG